AUGUUUCGCUUGGACAACAAUGCUUUUGCAUCUGUUCAAUGUCCUGAUCUCGCUAAUUUCGGUGAUUGUCGUGUUAUAAAUUGUAUCUUCAAUCAUGAUGUCAAGAGAAGGCGAUCAUCAGAUGAGGCCGUGGUUGCGUCCAAAAGAGUGAAGACCGAUACACCCAGUCCAGACUUCAAAGCAGUCAAGGAUACGACGUUUAUCAUCACCAAAGCCUUGACCACGGGAGUCAGUCUUCCGAGAGGGCAACGCUUUGAAUAUGCAAAACAGAUUGCUGAACACAUAAGAAAGAACAAGCUAAGCGAAACACCCAAUCGCUCCGCUGUUGAUAAAGAGCAUAUAUUCGCUGUGGAAAGCAAGAAUCUACAGGAGUACCAAAAGAACGUUGAGGAUUAUUUGGGAAACAAGAAAGAGAAUAAAGUUGAACCUAAGUUCAUUAUGCCGAGGGAGGUGAACCCUUCCCCGGACAUGUUGCCGCAAAGGAAAAAGUUCAUCGAGCAUAUCGUGGCUGCCAUUAAGCGGAAUCAACCGGAUAAUAAGACGCCGAUACUUGAUGGCAUAGAUGAGGAGUUCAAAAUCGCAUGUCAAUGUCCAGGCAAAGCCUCUUACGCUCAUUCUAUCAAACGGAGGAUCUAUGAAAUCAACCACCCUGAGAAGCUAAAGCUGAAAGGCCAGAAAAAGUACAGCAACAAAGAGCUUUUAGGCGAGUUGAGGCGUAAUAUCAUUGAUCGUGAGAAACUCAUAAAAUACGGCUUCAUCAUGGAUUUCCCGGAGAAGAUAGCCGACUUCAAGCAAGAACGUGUGUGCAGACGAUGCAAAGCUGAAUUCAAGCUUGAGGAUGCUCUAAAAGAAGUGGACUGCCGUUACCACGCUGGAAAACCCUUGAAGAAUGAUCAGAGUGAGAGAAUCUAUCUGUGUUGCCAGGGAGUCUUGGGAGCUAAUGACACAGAGCCAUGUGCACAGUGGAAUCGUCACGUCUUUCAUUGGGAUGGACCGGAAGAAUUACACAAGGCCCAACCGUUUGUGCGUACAGAAGAUAUUUGGGGAACAAAGAAGGGAAGCUUGGAAGCAGUCGGAAUUGACUGCGAAAUGGGCUACACCGAUUACGGUUUUGAACUUCUUCGUAUCACAGCCAUCGACUUCUUCACGGGAGAGGAAGCUUUCGACAUUCUUGUCAAGCCCAAGGGAACAGUCAUUGAUUUGAACACACGCUGGUCCGGUGUUGCGGAAAUCAAACCCGAGGCUGUAACCUUUGAAGACUCAAUUGCAUUGUUGGGCGAAAUCAUCGACUCCAAUACUAUUCUUGUCGGUCAUGGCCUCGAGAAUGACAUGAACGCCAUGAGACUCAUUCACGACAAGAUCGUUGACACUGCCGUGCUCUAUCCUCGCAACAAGACGUCGCCCACAUUCCGUUUUGCACUCAAACAGUUGGCCUUCAGGUACUUAGGUCGCAAUAUUCAAAUAGGGCAACACGACAGUGGUGAGGAUUCUAUUGCCGCCAUCGAUGUCACGAAAUACUUCCUUCAGCAAGACAUGGAAAGACGGGCAAAGGAGAGUCAACAUAUUGACCAAGCCCCAUCGUCUGGAGGUGCUGUUUUUCGGAACAGACAAAAAGAAACUUCUGAGGUUCCAUCCAAAAGAUCGAUUGAGCAAGAAGCAAACUAA